GUGAAAGUGGUCGACGAGUCCGGGGAGAUCGUGCGCGCGGGAGAGGCGGGCGAACUGCUCGUCAGAGGCUACUGCAAUUUCCUCGGUUACUGGGACGACCCUGGGAAAACGAGCGAGAUUAUGACGCAGGAUAGAUGGUUGAGGACAGGCGACCUCGCCCUGAUCCAGCCUGACGGUUACGGCCAGAUCAUCGGCCGCAUCAAAGACAUGGUCAUCCGCGGCGGAGAGAACAUUUAUCCGGCGGAAAUUGAGAACUUCUUCAUGGGUCACCCGGAUGUGAUUGAGGCGCAGGUGUUCGGAGUGCCCGACGCCAGGAUGGGAGAGGAGGUGGCGACUUGGAUAAGAAAGGCCGAGGGAUCCAGCCUUUCGGACACGGAGCUCAAGGAAUGGUGCAAAGGAAAGAUCGCUCAUUAUAAAGUACCGCGCUAUAUACUGUUCAAGGACGAGCUCCCACGGACGGUCACGGGCAAGAUACAGAAGUUCAAGAUGCGGGAACAGACCAUCGAGGAGCUGAACUUGAAGGCGUAAAGAGAGAGAGAGAGAGAGAGAGAGAGAGAGAGAGAGAGAGAGAGAGAGAGAGAGAGAGAGAGAGAGAGAGUGAGUGAGUGAGUGAGUGAGUAAGUAAGUGUGUGUGUGUGUGUGUGUGCGUGUGAGUUCAAAAUGCGAGAACAGAUCAUCGAGGAACUGAACUUGAAGACGUAGAGUGAUUUCUAAAAAUAAGAUCUUCAUUGUUCUUUUACUUACUGAAAAUUUGAAAGUACAAUAUAAGAUUAUGAUAAGGAAGGUAAGUGUGUUGGUGGUUAUGUGAAUGUAUUCAAAAUUAGUUUCAUUGUCAAGACGAAUUUACAAUUUU